AUGUCAUGCGACAAGGACGACCGAGACGACCGUGACCUGACCUGGAUCAAGUGUAGAGACCCCUUCGGACUGGUGGUGGUGCAGUGGCCACUUGGUCAGGAACCCGCCAUGGUGCAGGAGAACUUGACGAUGUUGUUCGGUGUAAGAGGACCGCUGACCAAAGACAUUACUCCUGAGAGUUUUUCUGACCGUUUGGUGCCCUUCACCUUGACCACUUGGCUUGUUCUGCUCUUCUUGUACUUGAUCUUCUUCGCGCACGAGAUGUAUGCUGCAAGGGUCAAGCCACUGCUGGCAGGGGAGCUGCCCAACACUUUGCUUUUUCAGUAUACGCUGCUCUUCUAUUGGUUUUACCACUAUCUCAACGAGGCGAUGCUUCUGCCGGUGACCUUGGAUUUUGCGGCCAGCAUGGGUCAAAGUGCCACAAUGUCUGGUUUUUUCAUUGGCAGUUCUUUGGUUGCCUCUAUUCUCGGUGUCAUCAUGGGUAAGAGGGUGGUGAAUGAGGAGUUCUGGGAUCAACAAUUGGCACGUGCCUUGAUCCUUUGGUCCAAUCUACUGGCGAGCCUUUUCAUGCUGCUCGAAGCGGUGGUCUCCAACUCCGCGGUUCAUUGGAGCCUUCCAUCGAAGCGCGCAGUCUUCUGGGUGAUGAUUUUGCUCUCUCAAGUGCACGCUUUCGGUCUAGCCUUACCCCAUGUGCCGCUCAUGGUCAUGUGGGGCAAGCUCACACCGAAGAGUGAGAUGUCCUUCUGGAUGAUUCUGACGCAGUGUGCACGCCAGGGAGGGCUCCUAGCAGGCCCGGCGGUCUUCGCGCUGGUCAGCGUCAUUGUGAAACAGGGCCAGCCUGUCGCGCCAGCCUCAUUGCUGGCCUGGGUGAUUUUCGCACAAGUUGUCUUCGGACUGUCCUCUAUCUUGCUGAACUCCAUGGUCAUACCUCCAGUGCUGCCGGAUCCGGACACUCCGGACGCCCCGGAGGCCCCGCGGAGCCCUGGACGUGGCACGUGCGAGCUGUCGGUGGACGCGCUGGAGCUGGACCAGCGCCGGGAGGUGGUGCGGGGCAUGGUCUUCUACGCCUUUGAGCGGUAUUUCGUCACCGCCUCCAUCGAGGUCAGUACCAUCAUGCUUCUCGAGGUCUCCUAUGGCUGGUCAGUGGAGCUGAGCGGGACGAUCUUCACCGUGGUGUCCUUGAGCAGUUUGGCCUUCUCAGGCCUCGCCUCGGCGGUGAUCUCCCGCCAGGUCUUGACCGAGUCGACGGUCUUCUUGGCCUGCAACGUGGUGGCGCUGGCGGGCGUGAUUUUCCUUUUUGACUUCGGCACCGGUGCUUUCGGCCUCCUUUUGGCCGAUGGCUUGGUCUACGGCUGCGCCAGCGUGUCCAAUGGCAUCGCCGAGGGAUGGGGUUCCCGUGCAGCCAAGGAGGGCACGGACUUCAGCAACGAGGUUUACCGGACUUGGAAUACGUCUUUGGCCUGUGCCGCUCGUUUCCUGGCGCCAGUGGUGGCCCGGACCAUCCUGGACUUUGGGGGGCGAAACCUCUACGCCGCCCUGCAGCUGGCGAUGGUGGCUUUGAGCACCAGCACGGUCUAUAAGGCGGUCUCCAUGAUUUGGAACCUAAGCCGUGAAGUCCACAGCUUCAAGAAUGGCAAGGAGGCGUCCUGUCGCAGCACAGCCACCGAUCACACGCACCACACGCACCGAGAGGCCUUUGAGGCUCGGAGAGAUGGAGCAAGGAUGAGCAAAGUGCAUGCAGCACGUUUGCAGUGUAUGGCCUUAAAAGGCUUGGAGUCUUUCGAAAGGCCAAGCUCUACAUGUUUCACAGAGUUCGAAGGCUUGCAAAAGCUUCCAUCCUGGCAAGUGCCUCAUCAAGCUGCCCAAGCGAGAGGCUGUCAGGAGCUGGCGGGCUCCAAGCCACUUGCUGCGCGCCAUGUGUGUCCUGGUUUGCCUGAUCAAUACCUGGUCAUGAAGCUGGAGGGUGUGAAGGGGCCAGAGCAAGGUCCAAACUUGGGGCAGCGACGUCAUGUGCAAACCGCAACAGAUGUCACCGCAACAGCUCGUCAAGAGAAUGUCGACAAAGAGGACAUGGUGGUGUCGUUUUCUUCCAAUCUCCUUGCUUCAUGA